UUUUUUAUUUCCUUUUAUUUGCAAUUCAACUUCAUCAUAUAGUAUUCAUUCAACUCAUCUUAAUUAACGUUUACAAUGUCAGAAUCUAAAUCAACACAACUAAAUCAAUUAAUUAAAAGACGUGGAACAUUUAAAAGUAAACUUACAAAUUUUUGCAAUUAUAUUAAUAUUUUAAAAGAAAGUUCCGCUGUUAGCAAUGCAGCUAUUCAAUUUGAACUGCAAUCGCGUAUUGAUAAAAUGGAAUUACUAUAUUCUGACUUUGAUAAUCUUCAGGGUGAGAUCGAGGAACUCGCUGACGAUCCUGAUCAGAGGUAUCAGGAACGAGACGUGUUCGAGAACCAGUAUUACUCGGCUGUCGCGACUGCUAAAACCCUGUGCCAGUCAUCAUCAACUUCGUCACAUUCCUCAAAUCACGAGUUCAUUCCAGCACGGUCAUUGACGACAUAAACAAAUUUCAUUAUCUUCGUGCUUGUUUGCAAGGCAGUGCAGCCCUUGUCAUCAAAAGCUUAGAUUUUAAGGCUGAGAAUUAUGCUGCCGCAUGGGAAUUGUUGUGCAAGAGGUACGAUAAUAAACGCUUGCUUGUAAACAAUCAUGUUCACGCCCUUUUCAAUGUAAAUGCCAUCAAAAAAGAGUCUAGUAAAGCCUUGCGUUACAUAGUUGAUGUCACAAAUAAAAAUCUUAAAGCUUUGGCUACGCUUGACCAACCUACAGAAAGUUGGGAUACUUUAAUAAUUUAUAUGAUGUCAACUAAAUUAGAUAUUAUCACAAAUAGGGA